GGAAUCUCCGGUCGUCUGCUGGUGGACUCCAUGGAAGACCUGGCUUGUCACAUGUAUGGGGCGGUGCCAGAACGUCUGUUCAUUCUGAAAGGGGGCGUGGUCACGUAUGUGGGCGCUUUGGGGCCGAUUGGAUACGACCUGGAUGAGAUGGAAGAAAAACUGAAAACUUUGUUUUAACGUUUUGUUGCUGAGGCAACUGUUUGUUGACUUUUUGAAGUUGAGAUAACGUUAAAUCUCUAUGUUAACUUAAAGACAACUUUGUGUUGACACUUUCUUGUGGAGAUAACUUUCUGUUAACUCUCUGUUGUUCAGAUAACUUUCUGUUAACUCUUUGUUCUUCAUAAAAUUUACUUUUUGACAUAUUAUUCCUUAAACUCUUUACUAUUGAGAUAAUUUUGUGUUAACAACUUUGUGGUGACAACUUUUUUUAUUUUUUUAUUUUUAUUUUUUAGUAAGAAUUAACGGCAUUUGCCACAUAAAAAGGUUAAUGUAAGUGCCGAAAAGUAGUGGUUUUACUAGAGAGUAACAUACAAAGAAACGAAGAAGGAGAGAUAAGAAGGGUGGUUGUCUGAAAGGAAAGAAGAAGCAAAUCACACCCGAGCUCCCGCAAACCACUCAUUUGUUCUUUUAAUCAUUUUUUAUGUACGGGUCUUUUACGCUCCCAUCUAUCUACUUUAGACCAUUUGGGAAGCGGGUUUCCGACCCUGCCUGUUGGGGUCAACAAUGCUAAGAGGAACAUAACAUACCAGCAGGAAGACCCAGGUACUUGAUAAAAUUCUGUCUUCACUAACAAUAGCUGCCCAUCAAUUUGUGGACUUCCUGCACACGUAGCAACCACCUAGUGUUCUCCUUUUAUUUUUAUCAUCAUCAUCAUCAUCAUCAUCAUCAUCAUCAUCAUCAUCAUCAUCAUCAUGUGCCAGAACUGAAACAAACAUCGAUGAUCAUAGUUCGCAAUUGAUUUCUCUCCGCUACUGCUCUUUAAGAAAACG